CCGACCACACUCUUCCCAAUUCAAACGUCCCGAUUUUCCAACCAGUGUUUGUUUAUUUUUUUAUUUGUUUAACCUAUCCUGCCAGUAUAAAUUAUAACCUGCCAGUGUUGCAGUGACAGUUUUUCGGCCAGUGUUAUGUGUUAACUUUAAAUGAUGGAGGGGCGAAGGGCUUGGGAUGGUGUGCCGGUGGAAUCCCACUCGCCACCGCAGUCGGUGCCGGGGCGACGGACGCCACUGGGAGCCGUGGGGCUGGGUGGUUUCUACAUGCAGGGUGGGCAGCCGCCGCCGCCGCAGCACUGCUAUCAGACUGACGAGAACCAGCCGGAACCGGGGACCAGUUACGGUCAAAGACCUAUGGGCGAAGGAAAAUCAAAACAGAAAAUGAGACAAGGAAAAACAGUACGACUUAAUAUCAACGCCAGAGAACGGAGAAGAAUGCACGACUUGAAUGACGCUCUCGAUGAAUUGAGAAGCGUGAUUCCUUACGCUCACUCACCCUCCGUCCGAAAACUGUCAAAAAUUGCGACUCUGCUCCUAGCCAAGAAUUACAUCCUCAUGCAGGCCAGCGCCUUGGACGAAUUACGAAGGUUAGUAGCAUAUCUUCAAGGCACAGCGACGGCAGCAGGCAUAGUACCCCCUCCCGGCUUCGACCUGGCCGGACUACCAGCGGCCGCCAAGCUGCUGCAACCACCCACGCUGCCGCUGGGACCGCCCGCUCCGCCCGAUCCACCGUCUUGAGAUCUGCCUCCGCCCGUCAAACUAGAACCCAUAACUUCGCCCCCGUAGUGACAUCAUAAGUUAGGAUACAAUUUGAGGUAAAGUGAGUUCGCCACUAGAUUUUGUUGAUUUCACAGCAUCAAAUCGAUCGAAAUUAUCGUUUACACAGAUUUUUUAUAUUUAUAAGUAUGCGAUUUGUUGAGUAUUAAAUAGUACUUUUUUGUCCCGAAUGCUACAUGCAAGUCGUGAGUGAACGAUGUGAUGAUUAUAUUUGUCUGCUUCAAACUUGAGGUAGAUACGAUACGAUAUCGAUAUAUCAUUUUCAAAAAUGACGUUUAUUCAAAUAAAAACUUCACUUAUGACACCCUACACAUCGGAUUCGUGUCUACAACUCAUUUUUGAAGCCCGGAGUUCGAAUCAGGGCAUAUUUUUUACAGACCAAACCCAUGGAAAACACACAUUAAUUUUAUACUUGCGAUACUUUUACCAUCAUACAUAAUUAUGUUAGAAAUCAAUUGCCUCUUUAAAUAUUUACUAAUUUAUCUUUUAAAAGGACUAGCAUGGUUUUCUGGUUUUAUAAACGGGCAAAUAAAAAUAAGUAGGCAGUAUUAUACAUAAAUACAGGAUAGAUUAAUAGGAUUUGAUAUUAGAAUAAUAUUUUCGAAUUAAUCCGAACCGUCUGAUGUCGACUAUUUCAAUUAAUUCGUAAGGUAGAUUUUGACUCUAAAUGUAUUUAUUUAGGUAGAUGAUAAAAUAUUAAGUAAUUUUAUCAAUAUUUAUAAAGCAAUGAAAAUUACUCAAGUUCAAAAAGUUUACACAGUAGAUAUCUAAAUUUCUGACAAGUAAAACUAUUACCUCGUAUAUCGAAUGAUGAUUUAUUGGUCCUAUUGUCAUAAGAAUCAUCAUUCGAUGCGUGAAAUAAGUAUACAUAUCGUCACUACUUUUAAAAAAUCUCGUAUCUCACGCUGCUUCUCAAAGUUAAAACGCAGUAUGUCUAUAUGCAUUCCAUACAUACUUACUACAAUUUUCUUUUCAUUGACAGACGAAGAUACAAGUUUUUUUAAAAGUAGUGACGAUAUACUAAGACGAUGUAUUUACAUUACGAGUAUAAUUCAUUCCAGCGAUUUAAUUAUUUACUUCUCAAUGUGUAGUAUGUAUUCUGGUUAAUAUUGAAAUCGUAAAUAACAUACACUGAUAUAAUUAAUAACUUUUUCAUCACACUCGCGCAGUAAAUGUGUAUUCUUCUGCCAAGGGAGCUAUGAAAUUUCAAGUAGGUACCAUAAUUAACUUCAUUUAUCGUUUUUUAAUUAUGUAGCAAGUGUGAUAAAAAAUCUUUGUGUAACUCGAGGUGUAAGAAUAUUGCAAACUCGAAUCUGUAAAUCGUUUGCAAUAUUUAACCGCCUCUUGCACAAUGUACUAUAGUUAUGUAUACCUACAACUGCUACAAUCAUAAUAUUUAGUAUUAUAGUACAUACCUAAUGUUCUGUAAUAUUUUCUGCAGCUACGUACGUACGUACAUUAAGUUACUCUCUAUUUAUGUAGUUAGUGUAGUUACUUAACCCUCCAUAUUUUUAGAUGUAUAUUUCAAAGAAGUUGGAGGUAAAAUAGAACUAGAUAUACGAGUAAAUUAUGUUAUUUCUCUUCUUGAAUACAAGAGAGGACUGUGAAUCAACGUGCCAAAAUAAUUAAGGACCGUCUAGGUAAUUUAGCUACGAUUAAAAUUGUUGUAAGAUUUUUCAAUGGUUUUGUAGACUUCGUAUAUAUGUAUUGUGUGUUAGCUACAUUGUGGAUUGUAUAUCACUUAUUUGAUUUGACUGUCCAUUUUAUUUCAUACCUAAUUAGGUACAAUUUAAUGUAAGUCAUUAUAAAUAAGCUCAACACACUAUGUUGAUAAGCCAAAGUGAAAUUGUGAUUGUUAAUAGCAAUAAUAUGAUUUAAUAUAUUAUUUUAAUUUAGAUGACUUAAAAAUAAAGGUAUC